GGCCCCGGCGGCUGCGCGCAUGCGCACUGAGCAGAGUGACGCCGGCCGGGCGUGGGGGCGCCCCGCGGUGCGGGCGGCGGGACGGGACGGACGGGACGGGACGGGACGGGACGGGGCGCGGUCGGGCGCGGGGCGCUGCCCUGUGGGGGCGGGGCCGGGCGGAAGGAGGAAGCGAGCCGGGCCGGGCCGGGCGCAGCCGGUAAGAGUCCCCGCCGGGGUCCCCCGCAGCUCCGGGCGCGCUCCGCCGGGGGGUCGGGAUGGGUCCGCCCCGCGGCCGCCGCCGGUCCCACGCGCACCAUCCCGGAGCCGCGGCGCGCGGCAGUCCGGCAGCGAACGGCUCCGUGCCGUUCUGAGCUUCCCCGCCCGCUGCCCGUCCCGUCCCGUCCCGGAGCUGCUGGGAGAACCGCGCGCUCGUUGGGGUCGGAAGGGGCUCCGAGGUCACCGCACGCGGCUGCCCACCGUCCCCGUCCGGGCCGCCGCUGACGACGAGGGGGCGCCCGGCAGCGCCGCGGGGAUCGGCGCGGGGAGCCGCGCUGACGGCCGCUGUCAGCCCGACGGCCGACGGGGGCUGCGCUGCGGGUCCCGCUGCCCGGGGACGGCCGGGCCCGCCCGGACGCUGUGUGUGCGGCCGCUGUGGCUCCGUGCCGGCGGUAUCGCUGAGCGCCGUGCAGCCCGCAGCCGGGCAGCAGCACCCGUUGGCUUCGCAGACGUGCCCAAAUGCACCCAGACGAGGCCCGGCCCGGCCCGGCCCUGCGCUCAGCCGUUCGUUUCCCUGCAGCUGCCGAUGCCCCGGAGGAAGGCGGUGCCGGCGCUGGGCAGCCUCUGCCUGCAGAGUUUGGUGCAGCACAUGCAGAGCGUGUGGGUGAAGGACUACAGCGAGAACUACCUGGACGAGUACAGCUUCCGCUUCGUCAUGGGGCCCUUCAACGACCUGGCCGGCAGUUUGGUGCAGGACCUCAUCCGGCUGCUGGGCGAGAGCCGCCGCCUGUCGCGUGCUGCGCUGCAUCUGCUGCUGCUGCCCCACCUGCAGGAGCUGAGCCUGCGGUACUGCCCCAGCCUGGUCAGCAACGCCAUCGGGCAGCUCAUCACCGUGCGCUGCAAGAGCCUGAGCGCGCUGGACCUGCACGGCUGCAGCCGGCUGUCGGCGGACGUGCUGGUGGACCUGGCGGAGGAGCUGCCCCUGCUGAGCCGCCUGGGGCUGGCGGAGACGCAGGCCAACGUGCAGGUGCUGGCGGCCGUGGGCUCCUCCUGCCGCCGCCUGCGGGAGCUGGACGUGUCCCGCUGCAGGAAGGUGACGCCGCGCGCCCUGCGGCACCUGGCCUACGACCCGCUGGAACGGACCCCGGGCUGCCCGGCGCUCCGCGUCCUCCUGGCGCGCGGCCUGGAGCCGGCGGGGGGCGACGCGGUGUCGGCGCUGGCCUUCGUGCUGCUGGCGCUGCCGCUGCUGGAGGUGCUCGCGCACGGCGACGUGCCGGCCGCGCUCGGCCUCCUGCACGCGGGGCGGCUCGACGGCGACGCCGACGCCGACGGCUUCCCGUCGCUGCGGGAGUUGGCGCGGCGGCGCGGCGGCCCUCCGCUCGCGCUGCCCCUGCGGCGCCUGGAGGAGCUGACGGAGCCCGAGCUGCCGGCCGCCCGCGCCGUCUGUCCCGACGCCGAGGAGGUGUCCGCGUGCCUCGGGGACGGCCCGACGGACGGCUGGGACGCGCUGCCGCGCUGGGGCCGCCUGGCCCGGCUGGGGCUGUCGUGUGCGGGGCCGCGGGGCCGGGCGCUGUGCGAGGCGCUGCCGCUGGCACGCGGCGUGGGCCCGCGGCUGCAGACCCUGGCGCUGCACGGCUUCCUCCUGGAGGACGAGCUCGCCCUGUGCGCGCUGCUCGGCUGCUGCCCCAACCUGCGGGACUUCAGCGCGGAGCUGCUGCCCCCGCCGCGCGGCCGCCCCGACGCCGAGCCGCCCGAGGAGCCGCCGCGGUGGGACACGGAGCUGCUGCCCCGCGGUCUGCCCCGCCUGCGGAGCUUCUCCCUGGCGCUGCCCGGCCCCGUCCCGGCGCCCCACGGGCUGCUGCUGCGCGCCACGUUGGCGUCGCUGCUGUGCCGCUCCCCGCGCCUGCAGAGCCUGCGCCUGCUCGGCAUCGCGCUGCCGCUGGACUCCGUGUUCGAGACGGUGCUGACGGCGCCGGGGCCGCCGCUGCAGGAGCUGCAGGAGCUCUCGCUGGUCGAGAGCCGCGUGUCGGGGCGCACCGUGCGGCUGCUGUUGGCCUCCGACGGCCGCCUGCGCCGCCUCGACGUGUCCCGCUGCCGCGAUGUGCACCGCCGCGACUACGACGGCUUCCUGCAGGCCGUGCGGAAGCAGCGGCUGGACCUGGACAUCGCCUGGGAGUAGCGCUCACAUCGAAGCCUUUAAUAAAGCACUUAACACAG